GGAGAUUGAUGAAGUUUAAUGGCAUGAAUGACUGAUAAAGUUUAGUAACAAAGCCCUUUCCCUAUUAGAAUCAUCUCAAAGUGCUAUUAUAAUUAUAAUAAAAACACCUUUAACCACAUUUUCAAAUGAAACUAAAACUUUUAAUAUUUUUGGAUUACAUACAUGCUACAUGGCAUGUGGAGCUUCAGCUGCCGUGCUCGCGCCGCGCCGCGCGCCUCAGCCGUCACAGCGGUCACGCGCUCAUAGUAGAGUAGGGCGGAAGUAAUCUCCCCGAGAACCUGGUUGGCUUCUUUUCUGCUUGUUAAAGUUACCGGCUGGUUUAACCACAAUCUGUUAACUGUGCUUGUCCUGUCCGGUUCACCCCAGUCCUCUCAGCCUUCUAUCUCAGUGCAUAAGGAAGACGGUUCCAGUCAUCAUCAAGAAUCAAAGGAUCAAGCAGCCUUUUCAGACCAGAUGAAUUCCAAGCUCACCAGGAAUCAGCAGAAAGCAAUCUGCUCUCAGCUGGGAAAUUUCAAACUGAAGUUGCUCUACAAAGCCAGCAUCCAUGGUUUCACUGGAGCAGCUUUCCACCAACACUGUGACAACAAGUCACCCACUGUGUCUGUGGGCUACAACAAAUCUGGACGUGUGUUUGGAGGCUACACUAGACAACCGUUCAGUCAGUCUGGACAGUAUGUAAAUGAUGAUCAAGCUUUUCUGUUCUCCUUCAGUGGACAAAAGCUCAUCAAAUAUCCAUGCAUCUAUGCUCAAUAUGCUGUGAAAAUGAUCAGCAACAGUGGUCCUUAUUUUGGAGAAGAUUUAGUUCUUGUCAAUGGAAGCCAACCAGUAGUGUACAGCAUGCCUGGAAACUAUUAUAACUUCAAUGCUGCAGAGAUGCACGGCAACAACCUCAACCUGACUGAGUGUGAAGUCUACCAGGUGGAAGAGACUGUUGAACUGGAGAAACCAUGGAGACCUGUAAUCUGGGAGUCUAAGAGAAAGACCGAGCUGAUGGAGAGCAUUAAAUUCUACAAACCUUUGAACAGCUCAGUGACUCAGGCUCGGGUUUUACUUAUUGGACCUGUUGGUGCUGGAAAGUCCAGCUUCUUCAACUCCAUCAACUCCAUCUUUAGAGGUCAUGUCACCAGUCAGGCCAUUUCUGGAAGCUCCUCCACCAGCCUGACGACACAAUUCAGAACAUACUCUGUGAAGGCUGGAAGAGAAGGUAAACCUCUGCCACUCGUCCUGUGUGACACCAUGGGACUGGAGGAAGGCGUGGGGGCGGGACUUGAUAUAGAUGACAUCAGCAAUAUCCUUAAAGGUCAUCUGCCUGACCGUUACCAGUUCAACCCCUCUGGUCCUCUGCAAUCAGAGGCUCACGGUUUCUGCAAGAGUCCAGAUCUCAAAGACAAGAUCCACUGUGUGACUUAUGUCCUGGACGCCAGCAAGAUCUCCAUCAUGACCACAAAGAUGGAGGAGAAGCUGAAAGCUAUCCGUAGGAAAGUCAACUUGAUGGGGAUCCCUCAGCUGUUGUUGCUCACUAAAGGAGAUGAAGCCUGCGCUCUGGUGAGAGAAGACAUCAGAAAUGUCUACAAAAGUGGCUAUAUUAAAGAUCUGAUGCAGGAGGCUGCCGCUCGGGUCGGUGUACCUUUGUCCUGCAUCAUUCCAGUGAAGAACUACAGUGAGGAGCUGGAAUUGGACACAAACACCGACAUCCUGCUGCUCAGUGCGGUUGUUCAGAUGCUUCGCUUUGUGGAUAACUUCUUUGAUGAGAUCAGUGAUCAGCUGAGCAGUCUCACAACUGAGAAAUAAUCAUCACUCAGAUCACUCCUUGUUGUAGAAGGAUCCAAAGAAGUCCAAGAUAUAUAAUUUCAGGAUGAAGACUGCUUGAUGGACCACAAAAUAUAUAAUUCUAAAUACUAAGAUUACAAACUAUGAUGUUGCUUCAAAUUUAUCAGUGUCAAAAUGAAUAAAGCUUAGAAAACUACAGUGGUAGAAAUUCGAAGGUGAAGGUUGCAUGACAUUAUGGAAGAAGGUGAAGGUGGUGACAUUAUGGGAUGAAGAGCUGAAGCAGUGGACUUCAGGGCUAUCAAAGACUGGUUCUUACUCUUGAAGGAGGUAAAGAUAAACUCCAGAAGGACUUCUUGGUUGGGAGAAAAUGCAAAUAUACACUGCCUUGCUUGGUGUUGGAUGGAGUGAAUUAAAAAAAAAAAAAAAGUCAUGCAUCAAAAA